CAAACACAUCUCUAGCAAGCAAGCAAAAACAAAAAAAAUCAUGAGUUUCAAAGCUUUUCUUUUCUUCGGCCUUAUGGCACUAAUUCUGGUGAUUGCCUCAGAAGUCUCAGCCAGGGAGUUGGCUGCUGAAACUGAAACCAAAAAUGCAGUUGACAAGACAAAUGGAUUAGAGGAAGCUAAGUAUCCGGGAGGUGGAUACGGGGGAUAUCCCGGUGGAGGCUACGGUGGAUAUCCCGGCGGAGGAGGUUACCCUGGUGGUGGUGGUGGAUACAACGGAGGACGUGGCGGAUAUGGCGGUGGACGCGGCGGAUACUGCCGGUGGGGUUGCUGCGGCCGCGGUUACUACGGAAGGGGUUGCAGGUGCUGCUCAUCUCCCCACGAGGCUGCUGCCAACUCCAUUCCUGAAUCCAAGCCUAAGAAUUGAAGCUCCUUCUAUACAUAUAUACCCCUCCUUUGUGUGCCUCCAGCUCCCUUGCGUUUUUAGUACAAGUGAAAAACGACGUACCUACCAUGAUGAUGUUAAUCAUCUAGUUUGUGCAAGUUAUCUUUUUUUUCCCCCUACGAAUAUAUUGUGUGCAUUAAUUGUUUUUCUUUUCCUUUCUUCCUUUUUUUGGGUUUGUUGUUUUGUGUAAGGAAAAUUACUUUAUAUGUGUUGAACUUGAAUGAAUGAACGCUGCAAGGAGAGCUGUAUAAUGUUUCUCCCUAUGUGUCUCUUUUUUUUUUUGGUCCC